GACUACUUAGAUAAAGAUGUUGUCUUCUAAAAGUGGUAGAUUUAUUCGCUGUGACCUCUCGUAAGCAAGGAAGCACGACAUGUUAGAGUUAGAUGAAGACAAAAUCAGAACUGCUAACUAACGCCAAAUCAUUUUGUGUUUACCCUCUCUAGUUCGUUUUCUGUGCUUCUCCGCUAUUAACACGAGCAGUGACCUAAACGUAAGCGGCGCCUAUUACAUAAUAUUUUCCCCCCUAUUUCAACACGCGUAAAAAUUAUUCUGGCAUCGAAAGAUGGCAACGACGAAGAAGAAAUUCACAACCGCCGCUCUGCCUCAGGACGCCUUGUUGGUAGAGCAAGAGGUAGAGCGGUCAGUUGAGACACCGCCUCCGGCGCCGGAAAUACCGCCAAUCAAAAUCGAUUUUCAUCGUGCUGGCCUCGGGAAGCUGUUCGGAGCUACUGGAGGUCCUGCUGCAGCUGCAGCUGCAAACAGCACAUCAGCUAAGGACACAACCGCAACAUCUAGCACUGCCGUGGACGAAGAUGUGCACCAGACAACUAAGGACAAACACAGCGAGGAUGACGGGGAUAGUACCGCACGACCUCCCCAUUCGGCAACAAGUUCAGCUAGCACCUCAAGCGGCAAGGCGUCGAGCAUCUCCGCUAAUAUCGAAACAGAGCGUGAGAAUAGCGCAGCGGCGCCUGCUCCUGGUGUCAACACGGAAACAAAAAACCUGGAUGUGGAUUAUAUUAACCAGAAUGUUGACAGCAAAGACUCCUGGAGUAGCAAAAGCAGUCCGCACGAAGAGGUCGCGACGAUCACGAUCUCUGACGAAAGCAUUAAAAAUCUUUCCGCGUCGGUGGAGGAGAGGCAGCAGCAGGAGCACGAAAAAAAAGUUGCUGCACUUGAGUUCAACAACUUCUCUACCAUGAACCCUUCGGUACGAGCGAACAUUCUGAACGACCUUGACGCGAAGAAAAUUUCUAGUGUCAAGCGGCUGAUGCGCCAGCUGCUGGAAGCUGCGGAAAGAACCGCGGCCAAAAAUGAGGAGCAGAAAAACGCAAAGAACAGCAAGCCGCGGCAAAAGGACCAAGCCGACAAGCACGACACCACUAGCCUGUCUACAGCGGAGGUCACAUCCUUUGCCAAAUUCUUUGGCGGCCUCGAUGCGGGUUGCCUGCGGUUUCUGCGGGUGGCCCACUUUGAUAUAGAAAAGUCGCGCGAGAGGAUCGUGGCAGCGACGAGGUGGCGAACGCACACGAUCGAAAAAGACUUCGCGGGCGUAAGGAACAUCCUGCGCAACAACCCGCGCUUCCAGAAACUGUUCUUCCCUUGUGUCGGGUCCGCGAUCGUCUCCGCGAAAAACCCCCUGCCACCCGUGGAUCUCGAGAACAACGAAAUCCUUUGCGGGUACGACGGCAGUCCGGUGGAGCUGUGGCGGUUGUGCAACGUGGAUUUCGACACGAUAUUCUCGGAAUACACCGACAAGGAGGUGGAGUUGGCCUACAUCACCUACUGCUUGACCAAGGAGGAAACCUGCCGCAGGACGCGGUCCAAGAGCAUCAUUUCCCUCGUCGAUGCGAAAGACGGACCCAGUCUGGCGUCCAUGCUGUUCAAGCACAUGGCGACCAUCCACCGGUACACGCACUGGAUGGCGGCGUACGGAAAAGAGUACUUUCCCGACAGCGUGACCAAGGUGAUUCUCUACAACGCGCCGCCGGGGGCGGAAUGGCUCUUCAACAUGUUCAAGGGUCUCACGGUCUCCGACGUCGCAAGGGAGCAGGUAGUCAUCCUGUCGGCUGGCAUUCCCGAAUCUUCGAACCACUACUGGCCAGCCCCACGUCGGGACCGAACGACGAGGACCAGCACCGGCUCCACAACAAGUACGACUUCGGCGAGCGAUGGCACAAAAAAUUCUUCAGUAAAAUCUGGUGCGGAUUUUACUGACUCGAGAAAAACCUCGACCACGGCGCAGCCUCCAGCAUCUCGCGAGUCCUCGUCAAGAACCACGCGUAUUUCGAUUUCCGUGGCCACUUCAAAUAAAAAUAUCGACACCCGCGCACUCGAAGAAAUUCAAAAAGUUUUGGACUACGACCAAGUCGUGCCAGAACUCUAUCGAAGACUACCUGUCGUGAAAGACAAAGACAAGAAAGUCAAAGCAUGAAGACGCUUUUUGUAGCGAGGUGUCGUAACGUCGUGUACUACUAGUACUUAAUAGUUCAUCUCCCGUGUUGAUGAAGCUCAGUAGAAGACUGACGCGCAGCUUACGCUUGCACAUACAUUUUCUGGCACAAUCGUCCCUUUCCUGAGUUACUAAACGUAAAUCGAGAUGACCAUAGAAGAAGAGGAACGGAAAUCACAUAUGGCCUGCUCUGUGGAUCUCGUAAAGAGCCUCGCCAGCACGUUAUUUGAUUUCAGUUUUUUCAGCAAGAGCAGCGCUGUCUGCCGUGUCCCUUGUCCCUUACCCGUAGUACCACGUCACUAUCACAUUUAACGUAUCGCAACGCAACCAACAAAUCUACGGGGCAUCGGGGUCUAUCGCUGUGUGGAAGAAUUUACAUGAUCUUGUACGUUCUUCAUGAGUAUAAAUGGUCCACAUAAUGCGAUUUGUGCGUCGAUGUUCUUUUUCUCGCACAGGAGAACGCACCUCGUAGCUGUCCAACUUUUACUUACGGUUUUAUUGUUCCCACUUAUGUGUAUGUUUGAAUGCCAGUCCGACUCCGAGUGCGACUACAGCACUCCUGCUACAGCGCAACAUCAGAUUGACCAAAAGUAGUUGUUUCGUGGGAUGCUGUUCGUGCCAAGAUUGUCUCAAUGGGUCUCGCUAGGAAACAAUUUUUUUACAUCGGUUCGUCCAAAGUGAUGAUAAAGUCAACAUGUUGACAGUUCGUGUCGGUCAAUGACUUACGUUCGAGUCGUAACCACAAGCAAAGCGUACACAAAACGAAGAACAACGACCCGUGGC